AUGUCUGACGAGGGCAGUGCGCAACCUGUUGCUGCGCCUACAGCGGAGGCCAACAGUGCAGCUGACGGCGCCACUGUUGACACCAAGGUGCCCGACGCGCCUGUCUCUGCAGCUGCUGAGGCAAACGCCGAGGCCCCCAAUCCCGCAGGGGACAAGGCAAAUACGGAAGCUGCCGAGCCAGCUAAGGAGGACGAGGCAUCCAAACAAGCUGAAGAUUCAAGCAAAGCCCCAGCCGAGAAACCCGCUGAAGACGGCGACGUUGAGAUGAAGGACGCCCCAGACGCGACGAACUCCCCUCCCGCCGAGGGAGCUCCUACCGAGGACAAGACAGAGCACGCCGCCGCCGGAGAGGACGCCAGCGCAGCCGCGACCAAGACCAAGACCCCCGCUCGGAGGAAGUCCACUGCUGGCGCAGACAGCGCCAAGGGAAAGAAGCUCAACAAGAAGGGUUCUCGAGCUGCUAUAACACACAUCGAUGCUCAGCCCGGCCAGCACUUCUUCAUCAAGCUCAAGGGCUACCCGCAGUGGCCAUGCAUCAUUUGCGAUGAGGACAUGCUGCCCCACGCACUUAUCAAGACGCGACCUGUCAGUGCCAUGCGAACUGAUGGGACCUACCGUGAGGACUUCGCCGAUGGUGGCAAGCGCGCUGCCGACCGGACAUUUCCCAUCAUGUACCUCGCGACCAACGAAUUUGGUUGGGUCUCGAACAAGGACUUGGUUGAUCUCGACUCCGACAAGGUAUCUGACCUGAUCACCCCGAAGAUGCGCAAGGAUCUCCAAUUGGCCCACGAAAUCGCCGCCGAAGGGCACAACCUGGAGUACUACAAGGACCUGUUGCAGCAAUUCCAGGAGGAGCUCAUUGAGAAGCAAAAGGCCGCCGAGGCCAAGGCCGCCGCCGCUGCGACGCCGAAGAAGUCCAAGAAGCAGGCCAAAUCAUCUGCCGACGUCGAGGACGUCGAGAUGGAAGAUGUCGAUGACGAGCCACCCACAACCAAGGCGAAGAAAUCGGAGAAGAAGCGCAAAAACACCGAGGACUCCGAGACACCCCAGCGCUCCGAAUCCGUGAAGAAGCCCAAGAUCAAGCUCACUAAUAAUGCGACGCCGAAGACUGCCAAUGGCGCCACGCCCAAGUCCGCCAAGGCCGGUGGUGAGGCGAAGACCAAGAAGGCAAAGAAGCCCGCUAAGGAAGCCGACGAGGAAGAGAAGGCGCAGUCUCCCAAGGAGCCCGAGAUGAGCGCUGAAGACCGCUUCGAGCGCAAGAAGAAGGAGGUCCUGUUCCUUCGCCACAAGCUCCAGAAGGGUCUUCUGACUCGAGACCAGCUGCCCAAGGAGGACGAGGUUAAAGUGCUCUCGGACUACUUGGUGAAGCUUGAGCAGUUCCCCGAUCUCGAGACCGAGAUCAUCCGGGCUACCAAGAUCAACAAGGUGCUGAAGGCCAUGCUGAAGCUGGACUCGAUUCCCAAGGAGGAGGAGUUCAAUUUCAAGCCCCGGUCGCAAGCCCUGCUCGAGAAGUGGAACAAGCUCUUGCAGGAGGAGGGCCCUACUUCUGCAGCACCUGAGGAAACCAAUGGAGUAAACGGUCACUCUGAGGCCCCAGUCAAAGAGGAAGCUAAGACGGGCGCCAAUGGUGUCGCGAAGGCCGAGACUGAGGACUCCGAGACCAAGGCUGAGGCUCCGGAGGAGAGCAAGGCCGAGGUCAAGGAGCAAGGGAAGAAGGAUACGCAGGAGGAUGAAAAGGAAGAGGCUGCGCCAGAGGAAAAGCCAGCUACUGAAGAGAAUGCCAAGUCUUCUGCAGCUGUUGAGGCUACAGCGUGA